CUGACCCGAAAACCAGACGAUCUAUUUAUUUUCCUUUUUCUUAGGCAGAGGGGGUUUUAUUCUGCAAAUGCGACACUCAUACCUGCCACUGAAACAGCGACAGCCCAGAAGAGCCGCGGGCGCUACAAUGCUAAUGUUGUCGGGGGCUUUGACUUCUCCCAGCCAUUGCAAAGACGGUGCUGCGUGUGACAGCCACGGCGCUGCUCUUCCCCCGGUGCUUGCGUUUCACGCCUCUCCACAUUUGGCAGGUGUGUGUCGGAGUCAAAAAGAAAAAGAGGAACCCUUCGCGUCCUAUCUGUUCACCUGAAAGUCUGCGCCGCAAUGGACGAAACGGACAUCAUGGACUUAACGCAUCAGAAAGCGAGGAAGCGACCGCGUCCAAUCAGUUCCGUGGAUGAGUCGGUGCACGCGUCCCUCAAACGGCUCCCGAUCCGAGCGGCGGAGUGCAGGGAGCCCUCCUCACUCAUGUUCGCAGUCCGAGGAGAGCCGGUGCCCGCUGCGUCUCUCAAGCAGAAUGACCACUCGGUGACUUCCUCUCCAAAACCAGUGAUGCCGGCGCAGGAUAAUCGCUCCAGCAUGUCCAGGCCCAUGAUCACACGGUCACCAGUGUCCCCCUUGAGUAACCAGGGCAUCCCCACACCUGCACAGCUCACCAAAUCCAACGCCCCUGUGCACAUUGAUGUGGGUGGACACAUGUACACCAGCAGUCUGGCCACUUUAACAAAAUUCCCAGAAUCCCGAAUCGGUCGUCUCUUUGAUGGCACAGAGCCCAUAGUCCUGGACAGCCUGAAGCAGCACUACUUCAUUGACAGGGAUGGACACAUGUUCCGCUACAUCCUCAACUUCCUCAGGACGUCCAAGCUCCUCAUCCCAGACGACUUCAAAGACUACAGUCUGCUGUACGAGGAGGCGCGGUACUUCCAGCUGCAGCCCAUGCUGGCCGAGCUGGAGCGCUGGCGUCAGGACCAGGAGCUGAACCGGGUGUCUCGCCCAUGCGAAUGUUUGGUGGUGCGCGUCGCUCCUGACCUGGGUGAGAGGAUCACGCUCAGCGGAGACAAGGCCCUGAUCGAAGACGUGUUUCCGGAAAUCGGCGAUGUCAUGUGCAACUCUGUCAACGCUGGCUGGAACCAUGACUCCACACACGUCAUCCGCUUCCCCCUGAAUGGGUACUGCCACCUCAACUCUGUGCAGGUUCUAGAGCGUCUCCAACAACGUGGUUUCGAGAUUGCCGGCUCCUGCGGCGGAGGCGUGGACUCAUCCCAAUUCAGCGAGUACGUCCUGAGGAGGGAACUGAGGAGGCCGAGUCAGCGAGGACCCAAUUCAAACAGGAUAAAGCAGGAGCAGCUGGACUAGAAACCUCCCGGGCAGCAGGAGGUGCUAGACUUUUUCUGUGGCAGCCAAAACGCUUCGAUGCUGCAGAGCUCUGUGGACUCUGUUUUUUUUUUCGUUUUCCUUGUUGAUGUUUUUGUUUUCUUAAACUUGAGAACCAUCUAGAGAAUAAAUGAGGUGCAACAGGAGAUUUUUUUGCCAUAAGAAGAUACAGGACAUUUGAUAAGUUUGAGAUUGCAAGGACAUUUGUGAUUGUCUAGCCCCCAUAAGCCAAUUUAAAAAGGAUUUAUAUACGCUGGGUCCCCAAACCAAGUUUGUUUUAAAACUUAGAGCCUACAUUAGGUUGAAUAUGAUUUCUAUUAAACUCAUAUAAAUUAAAAGGCUUUCAUUGCUGAUGUAGUAUGUUGCAUAGCUUGUCACCAGUGACUGGAUUCUGUUGUUUCACUGGCAAAUUGGCAAAGCCUGUUUCUGUUUCUAUUUCUCGCUGUAAAAAGGUCACUAAUGCGUUAUUUACAGUACAGAAUGUCUAAGCUGUCAUAAACAUUUAGUUUCAAAAAGCCUCUGUUUUCACAAUGAACAUGAUGUUGAAUAUUGUGAUACCAAUGAAGUGUUUUUUUUACUUUGAUGCAAGUUAUUUUAUUGGACCAUAAAAUAUAGUUGACUUUAGUAUCAUUAAAACAAACUUAAAGAACAUUCCAUGCACUGUACAAAAUAAUUUAGUAAAUCGUAAUGUCACUUCAUUUUCCUCAUCGGGAGUAAGAACUACAAAUCCCAAAGUUAUUUAAUUGGAUCAUAAUAUUCCUCUGAGUCAUGACCUGUAAAGUUUUUCAUUGUAUAUGUGUUUGUGUUUUUUACAUUGAAUCUUUUUAAAGCAGAUUUGUUGCCUCAGACAUGACUGAACAGAUUAAAGCUUAUUGUACUACCCACUCCCAAGAUCACUUUUACUUGUAGCACAUAUUGAUAUGAAGUUGGAUAUAAAGUAUUUCUAAGAUGACUGACCCACCUACACUCCCUAGAUUUGAGAAAAGAGGAAUGUAGCAAAAAAUGUGAAAUAAAUCUCAACUAAAGUUGUCA